AGAGGGGAGUUCUGAGAAGCCUUUGCGGAAAGAACAUGAAGCCAAAAAGCGCGGCUGGCGUAUCCUUUUACUGUUUCCCGUUUGUCCCGCGCAGUAUUCAUAACACACAAGGGGGCGGGGUUCACCACUUAAAAAGAAAGACCAGUAGGAAAAAAAGACAAAGCACGGCGACACAAAAACAGAGCUCCGAAAUGGAAACGGAGACGGCACGACAGCGAUCUUCCCUAGUUGGUACCGGCGGAAAGCCCCGCAUAGAAGGCAGCGAAUGUCCCGUUCCGUCAGUGAGCGAAGUGGCGAGUGAAGCCGCUGCUGCAGCAGCAGGUGGUGAAGCGGAAGCGGCGCAUGACGGCCAGGAGAGCUUCUAUGUAUCCCUGCAAGAAGAUCUGGAGCCAGCAGCUCUUUCAGAUGACACUUGUCCAACAGCCAUUUCCAUUAAACUAGUAAUGGUGAGAAAGAAGAAUGGUCUUCCUGACAGUGAUCUACAGGAAAUACUAAGAGAAAAGAUGAGGAUUUUGGAACAUGAAAGCGGAGAGGUCACAGCAGUUUUUAGUGAGCUGUCCGCUAGACUGUUGGCUAUUAUUAGUGAUGAAGAUCUGAUUAUAAUCACUUUUCGAACUGUUGAAGAGAUAUGGAAGUUUUCUACAUAUUAUUCACUUGGCCUUGUUAACCACUGCAUAGAGAAUUUAUUCUUGGAACAAGUCUUUUUGCUUAAUCAUUUAGAUGAAGAUGAUGCUGGUAUUACAGUCCAAGUAAAUGAGGAAGGUUUACAUUUAAUGUACUGUGGUAUCCUACAACAAGAAGGUACACUGUUUGCACGGUUCACAGGAAAACUACUUCAAGAUUUGACAGAUGGUGAACCUCACUUGAAGUACAAUGAUGUGGUGAUUGUUGAUACUCCGACAACUGGAUCUCAUUGGAUAGUACAGUCAUUGUCCAAUGCUUCAAAGGCUCAAGUAGCUAAGUCUUCCUUGGAGCCGUUAAUACCAUUCAGUCAGGUCCUAUUCAAAAACUUUGCAGAAAAUCUAUGGAUAUGCUGCAGGAAUGAUCAGUUUGAUUUUCCAUACCAAGCAGCUACAGGUUUUUGCUUGGCUACUUCAGAUUAUGAAGCCAAUGGACCAGAUGAACUUAGCUUCCAGACUGGAGAUUCUUUUGAAAUUGUUGGCUAUCUUGUUUCAUGUUUGGAAUGGUUUGUUGCAAAACAUGAAGAUACAGGUCAAACUGGACUAGUAAAGACUUGUCAUGUAGCACCAUGUAACUCUACCUACAAGCCGGCUGAUGUUGUCCUUGAUGAAGAACUGAAUUCUCUGCUUAAAUUACAAGGGCAUAAAGAAGCAAAUUUCAUCACUUUCUUGGAUAAAAUAUUGGAGACAGAGAGUAGCACAGUUUUCAAAAUGGAUAAUCUAGUGGGAACACAACCAUCUGGAAUGCUUUGCCAAAAGAAUGGACAGAUGUGCAGCAAAAAAAUAGAACUGGAAUUACAGAAAACAAGAAGCAAUUACUGGUACAUGGAAUUAACCAAAAAAAGAUUAUGUGAAGACCAACAUUUAGGUUCAUCUCUUAGCUCUCAGCUGUUGGAACAGACAUCAGAUCAGCAUUUUGUAAUUGCUAACACAGACGAAGAUUCUGGUGAUGAAUUCCAGGACUUGAUAAUGUUUUUAAAUAGCGCCAAUUACAAGAAUGAUUAUCGGAACCUUUAUGACUUCUCUUUUUCCUUUCUCAGUUCAUUAUUUUCUGGAUAUGGAACUGAGGAGGAGCUAGUAAACUACCUUGGAAAAGCAAGAGAAACAGCGAGAAAGACAAAAAAGCUCUGGGCUCAGUCAAGGAUAUGUUUCCUUCUUGGCAAACUGUGUGCAAAAAAAUGUAAAUUCUCCCAAGCAAGAGUCUACUUUGAGGAGGCCAUUAGUGUGGCUAAAGGAUAUUUUACAGAUAUGUUUUUUUUAAUUGCUAUCUAUGCAAACUUAUCUGUCAUAUAUUUAAAGCAGAAGAACAAAGAGAAAUGUUCUGCAAUUUUUGAACGAAUCUCCGCCUUAUGCUUUGGAGUUUGUAACUACAUUUGUAGUACAACAAUGGAAUCCGAGAUACUCAAACAUAUUUUGAAGAAGGCAAUUUUGUCUGAGAAUACAUUUGCUGAAGCAAGAGCUUGCUUCCUGUUAGCAAAGCAUUAUAUCUCAAUUAACCAGGAAGACAGAGCUCUACCAUUUAUUGAAAGACUGCAACUACUGGCAGAGAACUCAAGGCAUAAUUCACUUCCUCGCAGCUAUUUUUUAAAUUUAGGUUUAAUGUAUGAUCAAAAAUGUCUUCCAAAUUUAUCCGUAAGCUGCUUUAAACAAGUUUCUUUACACCCCAGUAGCAAACUCACUGAAUGUUUAGUAGCUGCUAGCCUUAUAGUGAAAAAUACACCACAGCAAAGUAAUGUGGGAAAAGACGUCAUAUGGAUUCCAGUACAGAUGAUUAGUUGCCUAAAGCGAAUCAUUUCUUUGGCUGAAAAAGCUGGUGAACUAAAGCUGGUUAGAGCUGUCCGCUUGUGUUUAUCACAGUUGUUUCAAUAUUAUAAGUUGUUUAACAAAGCAAUACAUUACUUGCAACAAUUUACAGAUAGUACUUUUAACAACAAUUCUGUUCUUGGAAUAGAUAAUUUACUUUGCCUUGCAUGGCUACACAUUUUAAAUGGGCAGUUUGGGGAAGCUUUAAAUAUUUUGGAUGAACUUCUGCAAUGUCCAGGUAUGAAGAAAGGUACUCUACAAGAAGGAGCUAUAUAUAAUUUGCAUGCUAUUGCACUGAGACACAUUGGCAGCAUAAAGCAUGCUAUGGACAGUUACCAUAAAGCCCAGCAGAUUUGUGAAUUGUUGGGAUCCAGGCAGAACCAUGCUGUAGUACAGGCCAAUUUAGGCUUUCUGUGUAUUACUGCCAAAUUCAUGGGACUAGCAGAGCUCUAUCUAACAAAGUCAGUGAAACUUUUUUCUGAACAGCAGAACAACAUCUUUGAAAUUCAUUUCAUUAAAGUUUUGCUUGAAGUUGGACUCUACUAUGUUGGCCAGAAUCUGAAAGAUAAAGCAAAGUUCUUUUAUGAGUGGGCAUUGCUUAUAGCUAUAAUGGGCAAUCAUAAUGAAUCCCAACUCCAGGCUGCCCAGCUAUUAUGUUACUUCUACAGAGAAGUGUGUCCAAAUGAAGCUCAGUGUAUUAUUUACAGUGAGUACCUGCUUCUGUUGGCACAGAAGACUGGAGACAAGGUACUGGAGGGAGAAACCUUGGAAACCAUUAGCCAGCUUUAUUUUGGUUUAGGAACUGAAAGAGCUUACAGAUCUUCACUUGAAUACACUAAAAGGAGUCUUGGUAUUUUUAUUGACUUGAAGAAAAAAGAAAAAGAAGCAUUUGGUUGGCUUCAGGCAGGAAAGAUUUAUUACAUACUGAGGCAAAAUGAACUUGUUGACCUUUACAUGCAGGUAGCUCAAGAUGCAGGUUCCAGUACAGGAAAUGUAAAAUUUAUGUUGGAACUUUAUGAAGCUGCAGGAGAUGUGUUUUUUAAUGGAUCCUGGGACAGAGACCGAGCAAUUACAUUUUACAGAGACCAAGCUCUCCCACUUGCCAUUGAGCUGAAGGACUUAAAGGCACAAAUGAGACUCUCCAACAAGAUUGCAGAGUUGUUACUGAUCCUGAAAACCUUCAGAGAAGCUGUGGAGUUUGUUCAGAUUGCGCUUUCCAUUAGCAUCAAGAUAGGUGAUCAUUUGAAUGAAAGAGUUUCUUAUCACCGGCUGGCUUCUGUCUACUAUCUACUUGAUCAGUUUGAGCUCACCGAACACUACUAUCUCAAAGCAUUGUCCCUUUGCUCCUCUCCUCUGCAGUUUGACGAGGAAGCUCUAUAUUAUGUGAAAGUUUAUCAAAUACUGGGAGAUAUAACUUUUUAUAAAUUAAAGGACCCUUAUGAUGCAGCUGGUUAUUAUCACCUUGCUCUUGCAGCAGCAAUGGAUCUAGGAAAUAAAAGGUCUCAGUUAAAGUUAUGUACACGGCUUGCUACUAUCUAUCACAACUUUGUAAUCAACAGAGAACUCUCACUUUUCUUUUAUCAAAAGGCCAGGGGCUUUGCAACAGACCUUAAUAUACGCAGAAUUAAUCUUUCCCCUGAUCAUUUAUUCCAAACCAUAGCUAAUAAACAGUUCAGAGCUUAGGUUUUCAGAGGGCAGAAUUUAGAAUAUGUCAAUCCAGUAUGUUAAGUAUAGACAUGGAAAUAAACCUGAUGACACUAAAUCGAUAAAGGAUUAUUUUUUAUGAUUUUUUAUUUUUCCUUGAUAAGCAUUUACAGUGUAGUUUAAGUUAAAAACAAAUUGAACCACAAACAUUAUAAAAGAAUAUUAAUGAAAGGUGUUAUUGAAUGUCACACUCCUUCAGCUUUCAGCUUGGUUUAACUUCUUCUUUCGGCUGCUCCAGUUAGGAGUUGCCACAGUAGAUCAUUUUCUUCCAUAUCGUCCUGUCCUCUGAAUCUUGUUC